AUGACUGUCAUCACUUUCACUGUCUCUGUGCUGUGCUUGCUGCCUCAGGCGGUGCUAGCCCGGUGGGCAUGUGUUCGGGCCUGUCCAGCGUCCUGCUCCUGCACGCAGGAGAAGAGCUGCAGCGUGCUGUGCGACCACUCCGGCCUGGCUGAGCUGCCAAAAGAGUUUCCCUGCGAGGCGUCGGCCAUCAACCUGGACAAAAACAGGCUGAAAUUUCUGUCUGAGCGAGCAUUCGGCACGCUGCCGUCCCUCAAAUCUCUGUCUCUGGAUCACAACAACAUCAGCUUCAUCACCCCUGGAGCUUUUAAGGGCCUGUCCAACCUGGUGGAUCUGAAAAUGGCACACAAUGAGUACAUCAGUUACCUCCACACACGGACGUUCACGGGAUUAAAGAAGCUGGUUCGUCUGGAUUUAUCGGACUGUAACCUCUUCAACAUCCCUGAUCGGAUCUUCAUCGAGCAGACGGCGCUGAGAGAGCUGCUCUGCUUCCAGAACAACUUCAGGAGGAUCCCCGGAGCCAUUCGAGGCAUGGAGAACCUGACCCACAUCUACCUGGAGAGGAACAAGAUUGAGGCCGUGGCAUACAACUCCCUGCUAGGCCUUGGGAGCCUGAAGUACCUGAACCUCCAGGAGAACCGGAUAAAUGUGAUCCACGACCAGGCGUUUCAGGACUUGGUUCGGCUCGAGAACUUCUACCUCAAUGACAAUCUGCUGUCAGAUCUGCCCCGGCUCGCCUUCCGAGGUCUGAGCCGUCUGAAGAUGCUGAACCUCGGCGGGAACCAGCUGACCAACGUGUCCAAGACGUGGUUCAGCGACCUGGUGGAGUUGGAGGUCCUGUACCUAGAUAGGAACCAGGUCCUCUACAUCGAGGAAGGAACCUUUGAGAACCUGACAAGUCUGAUUACGCUGCACCUGAACAGCAACAACCUCACCACGCUGCCCUUUCCUGUCUUCCAGCCCAUCUACUUCCUGGGCCGUCUUUACCUGUUCAGGAACCCGUGGGUGUGCGACUGCUUGCUGGAGUGGCUCAAGGACUGGAUGGAGAGCUACAAGCUGGUGCGGGACAUCCCCUGCGCCUCACCCUCCUCCGUGGCUGGGCUGGAUCUCGGCGAGGUAGUUUUCACCAAAGUGAACGGCACGUGUGUGGACCCUGUGGAGCUGAAUCUGACCACAGUGUCCUCUGAGAUCGUCUCCACCACGGAGAACCGCUUCAACAGCCUCAUCUCCAAACUGCUGCAGCAAGAGCUCAAAGAGGAGAUGGGGAACAGCACGGAGAGCCUCCGCAACGGGACGCUGCUGGAGCCUGAGGACGGACAGCUCUCUGCAGGAGGUCGGAGAGGGCAUGGCAGCCCAUCAGUCCUCCUUAUCGCCAUGCUGGGGCUGAUCUUUGGUUUGACGGACCAAUCAGAGGGUACUUUCUGCCUAGUCGGAACAUGA